AUGUCUCGCCGAGUGGCGGCUGUCGCAGAUUCCCUGUUGCAAGACUUGACAGCAUUUCUCCCCAACUUCUCCCCACAGCGUCACUGCCUUUGGUCAUUAAGCUUCAGUUUGCCAUCAGAAGCUGUUCAGUUGUCCUCAUCUAGGCAAGAGGGUAGUGAAAGCAGCAGUGGCUUUGAUGUUGAUGGGUUGUCUGUUCUGCUGCCCCUGGAGGAAAAGUCAGGCUCUUCAGCAAAAGCCCUUGUCAGUUUAAAAGAGGGAAGCUUAUCUAACACAUGGAAUGAAAAGUUCAGUUCUUUACAAAAAACACCUGUUUGGAAAGGCAGGAAUACAGGCUCUGCUGUGGAAAUGCCUUUCAGAAAUUCAAAACGAAGCCGAUUCUUUUCUGAUGAAGAUGACAGACAAAUAAAUACAAGAUCACCUAAAAGAAACCAGAGGGUUGCAAUGGUUCCACAGAAAUUUACAGCAACAAUGUCAACACCAGAUAAGAAAGCCUCACAAAAGAUUGGUUUUCGAUUACGCAACCUACUCAAGCUUCCCAAAGCACAUAAAUGGUGCAUAUAUGAGUGGUUCUACUCAAAUAUAGAUAAACCGCUCUUUGAAGGUGAUAAUGAUUUCUGUGUAUGUCUAAAGGAGUCUUUUCCUAAUUUGAAAACAAGAAAGUUAACAAGAGUAGAAUGGGGAAAAAUCAGGCGGCUAAUGGGAAAACCACGGAGAUGUUCUUCUGCAUUUUUUGAGGAAGAAAGAUCAGCAUUAAAACAGAAACGGCAGAAAAUCCGGCUCUUGCAACAAAGGAAAGUUGCAGAUCUUUCACAAUUCAAAGAUCUCCCAGAUGAGAUUCCUCUGCCCCUGGUCAUUGGAACCAAAGUUACAGCACGAUUACGUGGUGUUCAUGAUGGUCUGUUCACUGGGCAAAUAGAUGCUGUGGAUACUUGUAAUGCUACUUACAGAGUAACUUUCGAUAGGACAGGGCUGGGAACCCAUACUAUCCCUGACUACGAAGUUCUUAGUAAUGAGCCUCACGAGACAAUGCCCAUUGCUGCCUUUGGACAAAAACAGCGGCCUUCUCGGUUUUUUAUGACUCCACCGCGGUUGCAUUACCCUCCUCUUCUCCCAGCACCCACUACGGAUAAUGAUCCUUUAUUAGGACAGUCACCUUGGAGAAGUAAGAUUUCAGGCUCUGACACUGAAACAUUGGGUGGUUUUCCAGUAGAAUUCCUUAUUCAAGUGACCAAAUUAUCAAAAAUUCUCAUGAUUAAAAAGGAACAUAUCAAGAAAUUAAGGGAAAUGAACACUGAUGCAGAAAAAUUGAAAUCAUAUUCCAUGCCCAUUGGCAUUGAAUUUCAGCGGAGAUAUGCAACAAUCGUUCUAGAGCUUGAACAGCUGAACAAGGACCUAAACAAAGUUUUGCAUAAAGUUCAGCAGUACUGCUAUGAGCUUGCUCCAGACCAGGGGCUGCAGCCUGCAGACCAGCCUACAGACAUGAGACGGAGGUGUGAGGAGGAGGCACAGGAAAUCGUUCGGCAUGCGAAUUCCUCAGCAGGGCAGCCCUGUGUUGAAAAUAAAAACCUGACAGACCUCAUCUCCAGGCUUACAGCUAUUUUAUUACAAAUUAAGUGUCUAGCAGAAGGAGGAGACCUGAAUUCCUUUGAAUUCAAAUCACUUACAGAUUCAUUGAAUGAUAUCAAGAGUACAAUAGAUGUUUCUAAUAUCAGUUGCUUUCAGAAUAAUGUAGAAAUCCACGUUGCACAUAUUCAGAGCGGCCUAAGCCAGAUGGGAAACUUACAUGCCUUUGCAGAAAAUAACACCAACAGAGACUGAGUAGAAGAUUUAAUUAUUCCUACUGAUAGGACAUGGUUUUCGAGAAGUUCUUUCCCUUUAUAUAGGCUUCCAAGACCAAAUAACCUGACUGCUGGAAAACAAGGGAAAUUUACAUCUGCAAAUAAGGCAUUUUGAUAUACUGUACUGCUUCUUAUGCCAGCAUUGCUGACCAUCAGUAUAUUUAUUUUUCUUUUAUUAUUCAGCUGCAGUAGCAUUGCUUGUAUUACAUAUGUUAAUUAGCAAGUCGUUUUUAAACUGAAAAUGUCUGAACAUAAUUUCAUGGAGGAAUACAUUGGCCAUUUUUUAAUGUGCAUGAAUUCAACCCUACACGUGCAGACAGCUGUAGUGGAGAACUUGGAGCAACGGUCUUUUGUGCACAUGUGUGGCAGUGUGGAAACUGCGUCUGGAAAACGGCGACUCUGGUUCAUUCAGUCUCUCACCAUCUCAGUCUUCAAAGGACAUCAUGAGCUAUGGGAAGCCCUAGAGUGAAGGAAGGCACUGGAAUAUAGAUGGGAAUACAGACUGUACUAGUAUAUAUAGUAUAUACUUGCCAUGUGACAUGGUUCUGUAGAUCAUUUUAUAAUAAUAAAUAUUUUAAUUUAUCAUAAUUUAUAAAAGAAACCUUUGUUGUUUGUCUGUUGAAAGAAAAUGAAGGAGCAGGAAAAAAACCAUUACUUGCAAAAUGCUGAAUCUCAGCAAGUGGAUUUGGCAUGUCUUUCCCCGUCAGUUCAGGGCAAAAAGUGCUAUUGUUAUGAGAUUUAUUAAAAAAGAAAAGACUGAUAACACACUAUUUUCAUAUUUUUUGUUUAUUUGCACAACUUUUAGACCAAAUUAUUGGUUAAAAUCCAACAAUAUACCAUUUAUAAAGUAAAAAGAUUUUAUAAGGAAAACAUAAUAACCUGUGCUGUGAAAUACAGAGAAAAGGUUUGUAUUUGGUUGUGGUUUUGUUUUUUUAAAGAAAACCCUGCCUAAAAUAUUAAUCUUGUAAAAAGUGUAUUUGGAAUUCUCUUUGUUUUAAUAUAGAAUAUUAUAAAGUCAAAAUAUAAUAAAUUGUUUUCAGAUUUGGAGUUUAAGAUAUAGCUGUAGAAGUGGCUUUAAUUCUUUUAAAUGUCUCAUAAAAUGAGGCUUUUUAUAUGUUAAUGUAUAAAAAAACAAACGAGAUUAUUUUCCAUUUUAAAUUUUUGUAUAGUUUAAAAAUGCUUCCAUAUUCUGUGCCACUGCAGAACUUUAGUGCAGAGUUUAUAUUUAG